UGGGGGUGGAGAUGUUUUACGUAGAUGGCCGACGGGGUAUGACAUAGGGCUGAUGGCACAUUGCGGCCAUUUAGUAAGAGAGGCGAUAUAGAGAUAGCUUUAAUAAAUGUGUAAGGUGUGGGUUUAAGAUGCUACGGCACGAAAAGACGACCCGCGCUAAUGGGCAGUAAUGUGGUUAUAGUGUCCAGUUUGCAAUAAAGCUAUAGCGCAAACUACAUGGGGCUAGUGUGCAGCGUGAAACGAACGGUGUGUGCGGUUGCACCCUGGUUGUCUAUUAGCAGCUGUUUAUGUGUCCAGCAGUCCGGAGAUAGAUCGUUGCUUCUAGCCAGCUGGUAUGGUGUAAAAUUAGCAUGUGUGUGAGCUGGUAUUGGAUGCUUUCGCGGAAUGACAUUAGCGUUGCUACACUAGUUUAGAAGCAGGACAACUGUGAGUUAGCGUUCAACUUCAUUCAGCGUUCAGCGUUCAGCUAUAUUUCAAACAAGGCAAGUCAAAGAUAUGACUUGCUACGGUGGUGCGAUACUGUGGAGUAAGGAACACAGAAGCAACACCGCUGCGUGAUGACGGUGAUGGUAAAGAUGAUGAUUAGCUGACAGCAUUUGUGACAGCAGAUCAGCACAUUCUCUUAUAACUGUACUACGUAUAGCGAGUAAAAACAAGUGAACAGUGCUUAUAGGAACCGUGUACAGAUUUGCAUUCCAAAAACGUUGUGAAAAUUAAUAAAGUUUAAAGAUGAAUCGCAAAAGAACUCUGCCAGAUGUGUAUAGACACCGGAAAAAGAUUUGCGGGGGACGAGGAGUGAGUGAUGUCCAAGGGCCAAAUGAAGAGAAUGAAACAGAAGUCAGACCAGAGCCUGCGAGGGAUGCGCAAGCUUCACUGCAGUACCUACACAAUCUAUUUCCUAUCGACAAAUUCGAGGGUCGGCUGCCUCCAAUCAUCCUGAGACACCAGCUCUACAGUCUGUCGCCCAACAGGACGGAGCUUGACCAGCAGCUGAACGAUAUCAUCAAGAAAGGGGAGGUGCGGCUAUUCAAGCUUGGGACCAUCCCUGACGAAUUCGCCUUGGUUUUUACCGAAGAAUAUAGGGAGCACGUGCGAAAGUUCACGUCACGGCUGUGGGACGUUCCAAAAACAACAAUAGAUAAAUUCCUUGACUUGGCAAUCGGUAGCUGUCUGGAUGUAAGUCUAACACGGGAUGACAUGAUCAAUGAACUCGGAUUCCAAGAAAAUGAGAUCAAAGAUCUGUUCAAAGCGGGUCUGUUAGCAGUCAGGGAUGUUGGUAGCUGGUGGCUAUCUGUUCCUGGUGCUGGAACCUUCAUGAAGAGUCACCUACGUGGCAGAAAGGCAAUCCUACUCAUGAUUCGCAAAUGCAAAUAUAAGGAAAUCUUACAGAAGGAACUGGAAGCUCGUAAGCUCCCCAAGGCAGCAAAACUAGGAAUAUCCUAUCACAUACACGAUGUCAUCGGAGCCGAUCUAGUGUCUUGCAUUGAUACAACCUCAGGAAAGCUACUACGACUCAACGAGUGAAUGGGAAGCAAUUGUCAGGGAAAGCAAUCUACGAGGCAUAACAGUGGAACAUGAAGCUACCCACCACUGUGCACACGGUGCCACCGGCAUGCAUCGGUGACGGUUAUCAGAGGUCGUCGUGUUACGGAAGUUUUAAUUGUCAGGACGUGGUCAGACCUCCCCAGAAGUCACAAAACGAACCGCCGGAGUUAGAACUUUUUUAUUAGCUUGCUGACCUUCUUUUAAUGAUUCGGAGUGCGCGUGUAUAAGAAUGGUCUGUGUCGCUGUGUCAUACCCUGGGCUUUCACGCACACGGCAUGUGUAACAUGUACGUGUAAUGGUAAUUACAUACUACUUCACAGACAGUGAGAGAUUAUGUCAGAAGAAAUGAGUGUCUGAUUUCGUACCACCCACCCCCAGCCCCACCCCUUUUCACUUGGUGCGCUUCGUGUGACUCGCAUAAUGGUCUGUUCUCGCACCCAGUGCGUAGUAGAACUGACAUUGAUCGCCCUAAACAGGUUGUGAUGUGUGUGGAGUGCGCCAUCUGUUGGGCACUUAUGAUCAAAAUCGUGGGUCAUUCGGCCAAUAAUGCCUGCAUGCAUAUCUGCCAGCCUUUUCUCAAUGCUUAUGCAUACUGGUUGACAUGCUAAUCUUGCAUAGUGGUAAAAUCCCAAUACGUUAAUUUGGAUGUGUAUAUAGUAUACUUUAAUAGUAUAUAUAAAUAUAUAGCUGUUGUGGAUGCCAGUCAGUCGAAGAUUCAUGCUCAUAAGCGUAUGUUAAUCAUUAUAUAAAGUAUGGCAACAUUGUAUUGUUGAAGCAUAGUAAGCAGUGGUAAACUACGUUGUUUGCAAUUAGUGUUCAUGUAUUCUGUGCACUGUGAACACAAAGGGUAGUUGUCAGGUAGAACAACAGUUUAUGCUGUCAGCACUAGCGAAUUUUAAGUUAAUAGUAAACAAACAAUGAAUUAUUGAUCUGAUCUCGAUACGGAGUUGUAACUAUUUAACGAGACGUGAAUUGUUAUUUUAUGACCGAUGUAUUGCUGUGGAUGCCGUGGGUGCUGAUGUUCGGGCCGUGUCAUACGUUAGGAAAUACAUUAAAUGUUCUAAGUAUACUAAUUACUGCUGAUGUCAUCUACUGAUUGCCUCUGUUAAAACUGUGUUGCAUUCGUGUUACUUCAUGAUGACAAAACAAGGCAGGCAACUUCACUCCAGACGUGGAAGUGUAACCACGUGGCAUAUAAGAACAAUGACACGAAUGAAAUAAAUAGAAUGCACCAUGCCUAUUUUGUGGUUGGAAUUGCAGCAUGGUAGAUGUACAUGUGAUGUAUGGGAACUAAUUAAAAUCGGUUCAUCGGCUCAGUGAUUCUACCUGUAACAUAAUGACCAUACAUUGGAAGAGACAGCAAGUGACAGCACUAUGUGAUGUGUGGGAGCAGUUGUAUGAGAUUAUCUGACGAGGUGCCUACUAGCAUGUUACGUUACAACAGCCAGGUAGUUACUACGCACAUAGCAGUAGCUUCAAGAAUGUGUGAUCGAGGUCAUGAUCGUAGGGUAAACAACAUCGAAUACUAGAUCGUGAUAUCAUUGGCACUACGUAGCAGCCGCUAGAUGUGGCUGCAAAAACAUCACAAACUGGGCUGUGAGAUUUAGUGGUGCAGACAAGUUGGCAAGUGUGUACGUGCGUGCGUGAGUGCGUGCGCGCGUGUAUGUCACAUCUUAAUAUACAGGUGCUGAAGGUGAAAACUGGCGUGUGAGAGGUAUUCACCUGGUGCCGUUAGCAUGCUCUCCGAUGAAACCUCAACUGACGCGUAAUAGAAAAUAUCGGUGUGCUACAUGUCGCCAUAUGUGUAGGUGAUUACUUACAAUAUGUUACCGCCAUGAUAUCAAAAUAGACGUAAAUACUUGUACAUUUAAUGAUUCGAAAAUGUAAAUGUUGUUCGUUCGUCAGUAUUGCUAGUGUGUUACUUCGUACCACUGGCCAUGUUGUGUUUAAUAUCAAAGAUUCAUCGACUUCGAUCAUGAUGAUGUUGAUUUACCGGGUAUGUGCACGAUCUAGUUGUAAUACUGAGUGCAUAUCUUCAGAACCUAGCAAACUGGAUGAGAUUUUCAGGUACAUACUUUGUGUGUGUGUGUGGGUGAAAUAAGGAGUACACGAUAAAACGAAUAAUCUGUUCAAUCAUGUAGGGGGCCUACUCCUCGUGAAAUCUUACUUCUUAUUAUAAAUGUUGCUAGUACUAGUCACGAUUGGGCACCGAAUUUGCAACCAUUAUAACGUUGAAAGGUCGAAUAUAUUGCUAUUAUAUUUCGCCCGGUCACUGAGCCAAUUAGUCAAGUCGGACAGCAGUCACUAGCGGGCAUAGUGAUUGUCUUUCAGUUGGUCAUUACGUGCCAUGUGGCUGUGAGCGUCUGUGAAAGUGUGGGGUUGGAGACUACGAAAGAUGCAAUUUGUUGACGAGAUUCGCGGAGGUGCGAAUAACAAUGUCUAAAUAAGAAAUGACGCAUGAUAUAUAUUACUCUAUUUUGGUCUUUUUUUCUCGAGGCGCAUUCCUUCGCAUUUUGUCUCAAAAUGUUUCGCAACGAGUGGUGUAGUUUUGAGGAGGCUGUACACAAAUUCCGCAACCGGGAAUGAAAAGAUUGAUUGAAUAAUGAAUGAUUGAGUGAAUGAAUGAAUGGAUAGACGAUGGAGUGGAUUAGUGACUAGUAAGACACCACACGCGUGUUGGCCACCCUAACCCAUUUGAACAUUUAUUUGUAAAAGUUUUAUUCUUGAUGCUAGUUGACAGAAGAUGUACUCAGUAACUCAGAGGCAAUAUUACUAUUGUAAUAUGAUUCCAUGAGAAAAAGAUAUCGUGUACAGCAACCGUCUGUAACGUAUUAUUUUCCCAGGAAUGCGUGGAAUAGCUGGUUUACGCACGGUGCUGUAGGUGUCGCUGUGCAGUCUUCGGUUGUAAUGUGUCCAUACAUCGUAGAUGCCCCAAUGCGCUCUCUACUAAUAAUUGGUUUAUAUAUUUCCUCUCACAUCCACGGUGUCAUGAUGGUCAAAUAUCAGGCGGCGCGAGACGCUCCUAUAUUUAUUAUUACGAUAAGCUCAGGCGUGCUUCUUAGCACGUCACAUUUAUAUACGGUUCAUAUAUACUAUAAAUCUGGUCCUUUUUUCCGUACUCGUCGGUUGCUUCGUGUGCGUUGUGAAUAUCAGCUACGUAUUGCACGAGAUAUCCAUCUUCAUCAUGAUCAUCAUCUUCAUUAUCAUCAUUAUCAUCAUCAUGAUUAUCAUCGUCAUCAUUAUUAUCGCCGUCGACGUCGUUGUCAUCGUCACGUGUUACCUAAAUGUAUUGUCUGUACAUGUGAUUUCGCUACCGGCAUAUCUGUGACGCGUGGUUGUUUAUCCGCUCUCUCACGCCAACUGGCUCUCCGACCCACUGAUCAUGACUAUUAUGUGAUUAUGUUACUAUAACACUGAUUAUAUAAUAUAGCGAUCAGUGCUCCCACCACGUACGUUCACGCUCGCCGCGUAGGCCUAGCAUCCAUUGUCACCGUCGCUUCGGGUGUUCUCUCACGAACAGACGAAUAAUAGCCGAGCAAGCUACCGCGCGAACCGUUCACAGCGGCGCGGAUUUAGAGAAGGAAUUUGUGAGCCACUAGUAUUGAAACUACAUACAGUUCUCGCUGGCUUGGACGCGUAUUAUGGCGUUGAUUGUAAAAUUCAUUUCAGACGCCGAAAAUAAACUGUUGCUCAAAAUGAA